GGGAGAGGAAGGGGUAUGCAUCAUGCAGUAGAGGAUGCGGUUCGGAGAGGAAACCGAUGAGGAUCUACGUGUGUCUGCGUGUGCGCAAAUGUGGUCGAGAGGUCGGUCGUCAUUGGCCGUGAUGAUCCCACGGUGUCGGAAGCCUGACCCCUGAGGAGAUUUUGGCGAUUCGGGUCUGAGCUGUUUCUCCAGAGACCUCGAGCCUUCUUCUCUAAGGCUGUCGCCUCGCCUUGGCCUCUCCCGCUUGCCGCCCAGAGGUCUUCCACUACAUCAGCAACGGCAGCGACGUCGUUGCCGAGCCGCAGUUCGACCGGGCCUUCGCGCUGCACCGGGUGUCCGUGGCGGCCAAGGCCUGCAUGUUGCGCCUCCGCGCACGGAACGACAACCGCACCGAGGCCUGGAUGGGCUUGAGCGUGGGGGGCACGGAUGUGUCCACCAUGCUGGAGAACUGUUCCUUGGACACGGGCCGUGCGAUGGGCGUGGACGCGACCGCCAUCAUGGACUUCCUCCAGAAUCUGGAUGGGCAGGCGGGCUUCAGCCAGGAGGAGUUCGACGCCGCCUGGGACGAGGUGGAGGUGUGCCCCGCCGGGCACUUUAGGAACUCUCCCAUCGUCUUCCACUGCCACCGGAGCUCUGGCAGGGCCCACUUCGACAUGCGGGCGCGCCGCACCCAGGUCGUGACCGACGUGCCCGCGGGCGCCGUCAGUUUGCAGGUGGGCGUGGCCUCCGACCAGGACGUGGACCUGCUCCUGUGGGACGAGGUGGAGCAGACCUGGGUGGUCAAGUGGGAGGGCGGCGUCGUGUCGGCGAACCAGCCCGUAGGCACCUACCACGGGGUUGAGAUCCGCUUCAGCGGCGACGAGACGGAGCCCCCCGUGGUCGAGGAGUCGAUCCAGGUCGCUGGGACGCUGCCCGUCCGCCUGCAGGUGCAGGUGAACAACUUCGCGAGCGAGGACGCGGUUGCCGUGGUGGCCUACUCCUGGGAUAGGAUCGAGGACUGUCCCGCAGCGCCAGAGGGCUGCCUGGCCUACAACGAGACGAGGGCCAGCCUGGCGGCGCGGAGCUUCUCCGCUUGGCUGGCGGACUCGUACAGCUCCGAGAGCGAGGCGUGGGCCGGCGUGUGCGGCAGCUCCGCAGAGAGGUACUUCCGGCAGCAGAAGGCGCUCGGCCUGGAGACGCGCAGCGUGCCAUUCUACGCGUGGGCCGAGGUGUGGAAGGCCUGGCCUCACCACGAGCACACCGAGUCCUCGUGGCAGGAGGUCUUCCACCUGGCCGACGAGGACAAGUCUGGGGCCGUGGACCAGGCGGAGUUCGGCCUCCUCUACCGGAGGCACGACCGGCUGGCCACGAUGGAGCACUUCUUCGAGGAGAUGCGCGAGGUGUUCGUGGAGUCCGGCGAGGCGUGCUCCGCCAUAGCGGGCGAGGGCGCGCCCAACAUUACUCGACGGCGGUGGGACACGGUCCUCGCGGACUUUGCCGACGGCGGCAUGCUGCCGGGCGGGCUGCGCAUGUGCAGGCCGAGGGCCGCCCCCCUGGAGCACAGCUUUGCAUAUCUGAAGCCGCUCAGGCUCGGCCGCGCCCACGCGGAGGCGAGGGAAGGCGCUGUCGACGUCGGGCUGGCAGAGGCGAGCGGCAUCGUGGGAGGGAGCUUCACCGCCCUUGCGCGAGUCUGGCUGGGGAGCCCGGCGGGCACCGAGGCGGAGUCCUCUGCGGAGGGAGACGAGGCAACCGCGUCCGAGCCGUUCGAUUGUGGCGCGGGCUACAACAACUGGGAGGCUGGUUGGUCCACGGGGAAGAAGUCUUGGUGCUGCAAGAAUAAGAACCUAGCCUGCCAGUCAGAGCCCUUCGACUGUGAUGCGGGCUACAGCAACUGGAAAGCCGGGUGGUCCUGGCCGAAGAAGCAGUGGUGCUGCCAGCAUAAGUCCAUGGGCUGCGAGCCAGAAAACGAAAACGUGGCGGUCUUCCAUACGCCGGAGGCCACGGAGAGGGACUUCCAGAAUGCGAGCGCGCUCUUCCUCGGCCUCCGCCGCAGCCACCUUGCUAUGGCUUUCGGGAACGAUGACUGCCAGGCAUCUGGCAGUGUUCCUGGAAAUGUCUGGUCCACAGUCGCUUGGAUAUACGACGCGGAGACACAUGAGCAGCGCUUGCACGUCGAUGGCAGGACCGUCCACAUCUGCAAGGGGGUGAAACCCUUCAUGGGCAACGGUCAAAAGGUCAAGCUGGGCCCAAGCCCAGGCCUCCUGGGGCCGGAUGGGGUGCUGAAUUCGCUGCUUCUCUUCCCCUCCGCGUUGUCCGACCCGCAGGUGGCGGAGGUCUUGCGCCAAGCGCCGACGUGGUCCCACCCAGCCGAGCUCUCCUUCAGCCGCCCGGGGGGCAGGGGCGCCCUGCGCGUGGGCUCGGCACUGGACGUCGGCCUUUCGGGUGGCUCUUUCACGGCCAGCAUGACGCUUCGGCGUGCAGACUCCCAGCUCGACUCCCCAGACGACACGUACACGAUUCUGGGCGCGCCUAGCGACGAUUCUUUCGAGGUGGUGGUCUCGAAUGGGACCUUGGGCGUCAGCUUUUUCGGCAACCGCUGCUGCUCCCGCACGCCAGUGCCCAAGGAGGAGUGGGUGCACGUGGCCUUCAUGUACAACGCGCACGAGGAGGAGCAGCUGAUUUACCAGGAGUUCGGAUGCAACUCUGUGGAGGUUAGACUCAUAAUCGGCGCUGUUAGAUCCGUGGUCGAAAACUGGCCUCUGAUCCCCCUGAAUCCGGCUCAAUUCACCGAGCGCGUUUCACUAUUCGCGAAUCGCCUACUCGCAAACGUCCGAU